AUGAGACCCACUGUUAAACAUGUAGCUGCCGGAUGUAUGAUCUGCAGAAUAAGGAAGGCGAAACCGGAAAUGCCAGUGAUGGGCGAUUUACCUCCCGCUAGAGUGGCGCAUCACCAGCGAGCUUUCACACACUGCGGUGUGGACCUAUUUGGACCGAUGGAGGUGGUGGUAGGGAGGAGAAGGGAAAAACGAUGGGUAACAGAGUACCUACCGGAGCUGAUACCUAGAAGGAAGUGGAAUGAGGAGCGCGAACCGCUAAAGGUAGGUGAUCUCGUGCUGGUCGCGGACCCUGGAGCGCCACGCAACGUGUGGCAGAGGGCGAUCGUGGAACAGGUGUUUCCAGGCAAGGACGGCCGGGUCAGGUUGGUUGAAAUCAGAACCAAAUCAGGGACGCUGAGACGUUCAGCGGCGCGCGUCGCUAGAAUUCCUUUGUCUGAGUAG